GCUCGACUUUGGCUGCGGAAGCGGCGAAGAAUGCCGCGCAAGCGGCGCGAGUUAUGAGGUGGGCGGCGGCGGGGGCCGACUGAAGUGAUCGGCGCCGGAGAGGCGGCGAGGUUUUAGCGGUGCGCGGUGUGCGAGCACGGCCGUCACGACGAAGCACGAGGGCGGCUCGUCGCUCAACUGGGACUGCAUGGCAGCCAUCAUGAACGGCGGCAAGCAGCCGGCCUCGAUGCCGCUGCCGCCGCACCUGGGCUCGGCGGCGGCCGGCUCCUGCUUCUCGGGACGAUACUCGCCCACGUACCGAGCCGCGCCCCCGGACCCCAUGCGGGCCAGGCACUGCGCCAUGGCCGCCAACGCCGCCGCGGCGCCAGGUCAAAAAUCUAAUGGCGAGUUCAUGGUUAAGACCGAAACAGACUCAUGGACCUCUAGGAAACUUCAGCUAAUGGACGAUGUAACGGAAGCCCACAAUCGACGGUGGCGCUGCUUGGCGGCAGCGCCACGGUUCCACUACGCGGAUAUGUCCUCCGGGCCCGAAGACCCGGACAACCGAUAUCGGAUGCAGAACCUGGGCAACUUCUUUCCCGGCCUGGAAGAAGCCGGCCUGAUGGGCCGCGCCGAAGCGCUCGUGGACAUCAGCAAACACUCUCCCCCAACGGGCGCCGCGGCAGGGCUACCCAUCCGGCAUGACAUGAUGUACCACGCGAUGGGGCCUCCCGGAGGACCAGGGGCACCCGGCGCACCUCCCACGUCGCGCCCGGGUCCCCCUCACCACCAGAUGGGACACCACCCUUCCACAAUGGACGGUAUGGAUCUUCUCGACCCGCUGUGCCCGUCGUCGCUGCCUGGCCCGCUGGGCGCCAUGCAGGGCCCUCCGUCCACGGACGGCGUGGGCCACCAGCUGCCGCCCCUGUACGGCAUGCAUGCCGGCGGCGCCGGGGGCGGCUUCCCCGGAUCGGCCGUGCACGACGCCGACUCGGACCCGCGCGAGCUGGAGGCGUUUGCCGAGCGCUUCAAGCAGCGGCGCAUCAAGCUUGGCGUCACGCAGGCCGAUGUGGGCCGCGCGCUAGCCAACCUCAAACUGCCCGGCGUGGGAUCGCUCUCGCAGAGCACCAUCUGCCGCUUCGAGUCCCUGACGCUGUCGCACAACAACAUGGUGGCGCUCAAGCCCAUCCUGGGGGCGUGGCUCGAGGCGGCCGAAGCGCAGGCCAAGAACAAGCGCACCGACCCGGACCUCCCGGGCGUGCUGCCGGCCGGCGAGAAGAAGCGCAAGCGCACCUCGAUCGCGGCGCCCGAGAAGCGUUCGCUCGAGGCCUACUUCGCCGUGCAACCGCGGCCGUCGGGCGAGAAGAUCGCCGCCAUCGCUGAGAAGCUGGACCUGAAGAAGAACGUGGUGCGCGUCUGGUUCUGCAACCAGCGCCAGAAGCAGAAGCGGAUGAAGUACUCGGCGGUGCAGCACUAG